AUGCAAUUGACAACAGCAGCAAUGAAUGACGAUUCAAAAUUUCUUAGUGCAAUACCUGAAGCUGAUCAUCACGAAGAAGAAGAAGACAGCGAAUUCGACGGCAUCAUAAUUAAUGGUACUUCAUCAAAAACCAAUCAAUUAAAUUCACAUUCUUCACCUAAGAAUUCAUUAUUAGCCGAUCAAACUGAUCGUACAUUAAAUCAAAAAUUUCAUGUUGCUGCUUUAAGUGGUAAUCUAAGUGUACUACAAGAACUUAUAACAAAAUUACAUAUACCAGUUGACUGUCGUGAUAGAGAAAAUUCAACAGCUUUAUUACUAUCAUGCGCACGUGGACAUUAUCUAUGUGCUGAAUAUCUUUUAAAAAAUGGCGCUGAUUCGAAUGCUCGACGUAUUACAGGUGCAUCGCCGCUCUACUUCGCCGCAUCAUUUAAUCACACACGUAUUGUUGAGCUGCUAUUAAAACAAUAUAAAGCUAUUGUUGAUUUACCAACAUUCGAUGGUUCAACAUCAUUACAUGUUUCAUGUGAACGUGGCUUUACAGACAUUGUCCAAUUGCUAAUUGAUGCACAAGCAAAUGUGAAUGCAAGAAUGAAUGAUGGUUCAACAGCAAUUAUGUUGGCAUGUCAAAAUGGACAUUUAUCUGUCGUACAAAUGCUUAUAUCAACUGGACGAUGUGAUACAUUAAUUAGACGUUUAGAUAGUGUUUCACCAUUGUUUCUUACUGUUCAACAUGGACAUGAAAUGAUAUUUGAUUAUAUUCUUGACAAGGUCGAUACUUUUAAAGAUAUAGCUGAUCUAGCUCGUGAAGAUGGCGCAACACCAUUAUUUAAAGCAUCUCAAAAAGGUUUCGAUUCAUUAGUUAAUAAACUACUUAAAUAUAAGCCUAAUGUUGGUCUACUUAGAAAUGGAGAAACGUGUCUGCAUGCUGCUACAAUGUUUAAUCAUGCUGGAAUUGUUCGUAGUCUUAUUGAUAAUGGGGCCAAUCCAUUACUGAAUAAUUGGGAAGGUAUGACAGCUGUCGAUUUAGCUAAAGAAGCUCAACUUGCAGAUAUACUCGAUAUAUUAAUGAACGCAUUAACAUCGAAAUUAACUGAACAUGGUCUUCAAUAUUUAAUGCAUAAAAGUACACGUAGAAGUGAUGCUGAUUUCAAUUUAGAAUUCGUUGAACAUACUGAUCAUGAUGAAUGGAAAUUAUAUAAAAGUUUAAAGUCAGCUGUUGAACUUGAACGUUUAGAAGAAGAAAUCGAACACAUACCAAUUCUACCUAAUCUACCAACAGGAAAAGGCAAAAAAUCAACGCGACCAGCACCAAGUCAUAAAGCACAACAUGUCAAUGCAACAACACCGUCUUCAUAA